AGCCAUAUCAAGAAGGAAGAGGUUCUGGGCUCGGUGACUCAUGCCUGUAAUCUCAGCACUUUGGGAGGUCGAGGCGGGCGGAUCACCUGAGGCUGAGGUCGGGGAUUCGAGACCAGCCUGACCAAUGUGGAAAAACCCGUCUCUUCUAAAAAUACAAAAUUAGCCGGGCGUGGUGGCGCAUGCCUGUAAUCCCACCUACUCGGGAGGCUGAGGCAGGAGAGUUGCUUGAACCCGGGAGGCGGAGGUUGCUUUGAGCCGAGAUCUCGCCAUUGCACUCCAGCCUGGGCAACAAGAGCCAAAACUCCGUCUAAAAAUAAUAAUGAGAGGAUUACAAGUAACCUGAAUUUUCUUGUCUUCAAAUAGAGGGUUCUCAAAGAAGGUGAAUCUGUGAUACUGGUGUAGAUUCAGAUAUAAAGACAUAUUUGGGGUAAAGGAGGGGCAAAGUUACAGAAACUAGAAAGAAUGCCACACAAAAGAUGGCCGGCUUCUCGCGUGAAGGGAGAUUCGGAUACCGGGGGCCUGAUGGAUUUAGUUGUAAGCGGUUUGCCUGUAGCGAGUAAAUUAUUCAAACGUUCGGACUUAACAAGACUAAAUUUACUGGGGAUAAAAGUUGAGAUUUGGCCGGGCGCGAUGGCUCAUGCCUGUAAUCUCAACACUUUGGGAGGCCGAGGCGUGUGGAUCACCUGAGGUCAGGAGUUCGAGACCAGCCUGGCCAAAAUGUCAAAACCCCGUCUCUAGUAAAAAUACAAAAAUUAGCCGAGAGUGGUAGCUUCCGCCUGUAAUCCCAGCUACCCAGGAGGCUGAAGCAGGAGAAUCGGUGGAACCCGAGAGGCAGAGACUGUAGUGAGCCGAGAUCGUGCCACUGCACUCCAGCCUGGGCGACAGAGCAAGACUCGGUCUAAAAAAAAAAAAAAUUGAGAUUUGGUCCUAUGCAGUAAGAGGGCAUGGAAAAGAGGAGCCACCCAACUUUGGACAUUAAAGUUGGAGCAGGCAAAGAUGAGGCCAGCUGUGUCGCAAAGCCUGGGACACGGGCAGCUCUUGAGUACACCUGGUUCGAGUCUGGGGAAAACCCUCAAACUCUGAAGAGACUGAGGGACUCAGCCAAUGCCAACGAUGUGGAAACAGUGCAGCAGCUGCUGGAAGAUGGCGCGGAUCCCUGUGCAGCUGAUGACAAGGGCCGCACAGCUCUACACUUUGCCUCCUGCAAUGGCAAUGACCAGAUUGUGCAGCUACUGCUAGACCACGGUGCUGAUCCUAACCAGCGAGAUGGGCUGGGGAACACGCCACUGCACCUGGCGGCCUGUACCAACCACGUCCCUGUCAUCACCACACUGCUACGAGGAGGGGCCCGUGUGGACGCCCUGGACCGAGCUGGCCGCACACCCCUGCACCUGGCCAAGUCGAAGCUGAACAUCCUGCAGGAGGGCCAUGCCCAGUGCCUGGAGGCUGUGCGGCUGGAGGUGAAGCAGAUCAUCCAUAUGCUGAGGGAGUAUCUGGAGCGCCUAGGGCAACAUGAGCAGCGAGAACGCCUGGACGACCUCUGCACCCGCCUGCAGAUGACCAGUACCAAAGAGCAGGUGGAUGAGGUGACUGACCUCCUGGCCAGCUUCACCUCCCUCAGUCUGCAGAUGCAGAGCAUGGAGAAGAGGUAGCAAGAGAGGCUCCCUGUCUUCCUGUCACUGCCCCACCCUGCCCCACUGCUGUCUCAGUACCAGGAAAAAGCCCAGCAGCAUCUGGGACUUGGAGCUGCACAUGUCUGGUGAGGACCUUGCCCUCACCCACAGAUGCCAUGGGGCAGAGAUGCUCUUUCCACGGCCUCAGAGCCACUCCCAGCCACAGUCUCCAGCAUCUCUGUGGACAGGGAUCACAGCUCCCAGCUUCUUCCAGUUCCCACAGCACCAGACCAGCCUCUGCAGCUGCACUUCAGCUCCGCAGACCUGCGCUGUCUCAGCAGACUUCACUUGCCCCAUGGCCUUCAUGGCACCCUCCAGGCCUCAAACCCUUCUCUGCGUUCCAUCUUGGCCACAGCCUUGUUGCAGUCAGCAGGUGUGGGCUUAGGCGGGCACCCUGUGGCCAUGGGGACUGCGUGGGGCCCUUAGUUGGUUCUCUGCCUCUCACCAGCACUUAGACACGUCACCAGACUUUUAAGGAGAUACUUCAGUGAGUUUCUCCGGUUGGAAGGGGAGGGAUGGUGAGUCCUAGACCUUAAAAAUACAAGGUUAAGAGGGAUCCCAAAGCAAAAAAUCCCAACCCUUUUCCUCCCAGUCAUUGAAACACCAAAACUAUUAUACCGGAGGGUGUAACAGUUUUGCAGUCUAGUUGUGGUAGGCCAGUAGUGGACCCCCAAGAUGCCUAUGUCCUAAUCCCAGGAACCUGUCAAAACUGCCUUAUAUGGCCAAAGGGGCUUUGCAGAUGUAAUGAAGUUAAGGAUCUUUGGCCGGGAAGAUUGUCCCGGCUUGCCCAGGCAGGCUUGAUGUCCUCAUCUGGGUCCAUAUAAGAGCAGAGCAGGUGACAGAAUAGCAGGUGGGAGGUGUAGUGAUGGAGCAGGAAACUGGAGUUGAGGGCAGCUCAAGCCACGGAGUCCAGGCCACCUCAGAGCCAGGAAACACAUUCUCCCACAGAGCGCUGGAAGGCCCCGGCCCUGCUCCCACCUGGACUGGCUCAGUGAGGCUGAUUUUAGAACUCUUUAGGGAAUAAAUUUGUGUUGUUUUAAGUCACUAA